AAGUUGGGGGCGCUCCUGGAAAAAACCCUAACCCCUCUUAUUCUCAAAUCGGAUUCGGUAAUUCCAGGAAAACUAGAAGCAGGGUGAAAGAUGUCGGUUAUGAUAGUGACGAGCUUGGGAGACAUAGUCGUGGACCUGUUCACAGAUCGAUGCCCAUUGACCUGCAAAAAUUUUCUCAAGUUGUGCAAAAUCAAGUAUUACAAUGGAUGCCUCUUUCAUACGGUACAGAAAGAUUUUACAGCACAGACAGGUGAUCCUACUGGGUCAGGAUCUGGUGGAGAUUCUGUCUACAAAUUGUUAUAUGGCGAUCAAGCUCGCUUCUUUGGUGAUGAAAUUCACUUGGAUGUAAAACAUUCGAAGACUGGUACUGUAGCAAUGGCUAGUGCUGGAGAGAAUCUGAAUGCUUCUCAGUUCUAUAUCACAUUACGAGAAGAUCUUGAUUACCUGGAUGGCAAGCAUACUGUGUUUGGGGAGAUUGCUGAAGGGCUGGACACGCUUGCUAGAAUAAAUGAAGCCUAUGUGGAUGAGAAGAACAGACCCUAUAAAAACAUUAGAAUCAAACAUACUUACAUACUGGAUGAUCCUUUUGAUGAUCCUCCGCAGCUAGCUGAGUUGAUCCCAGAUGCUUCACCUGAAGGAAAACCAAAAGAUGAAGUCGAUGAUGAUGUGAGGCUGGAAGAUGACUGGAUCCCUAUGGAUGAGCAACUUAAUCCGCAAGAGCUUGAGGAGGUGUUGCGUGAAAAGGAUGCGCAUUCCCGUGCUGUAGUACUUGAAACUAUAGGGGACAUCCCUGAUGCUGAGAUAAAGCCCCCUGACAAUGUGCUGUUUGUAUGUAAACUGAAUCCAGUAACUGAAGAUGAGGAUUUGCACACAAUUUUUUCUCGUUUUGGAGUUGUAACAUCUGCUGAAGUUAUCCGAGAUCACAAAACUGGGGACAGUUUGUGUUAUGCCUUUAUAGAAUUUGAGGAUAAAGACGCCUGCGAACAAGCCUAUUUUAAGAUGGACAAUGCUCUAAUUGAUGACCGAAGGAUUCAUGUUGAUUUUAGUCAAAGUGUUGCAAAACUAUGGUCCCAGUACAGACGCAAAGGUCAAAUGGGUCAAGGAGGAGGCUGCUUCAAAUGUGGUUCUGUAGAUCACAUUGCUAAGGACUGCACUGGAGAUUCCACCUCCAAACAACCACGUGCGAAGUAUACACUGAAAGAUGACAACACUCAACAUGGUGGAGAUGGAAGUGCAAGAUAUGAAAUGGUCUUUGAGGAAGAAGAUGACAGAGGUCCACGACAUAGCAAGAGAAGAAGGGACCAGAAAGCUGAGCAAAAUGAUGAAAAAGAAAAGAGCAAGCAUCGUGAUGCUUAUAACCCUAAAGAUCAAGAUUACAGGAGAAGAGACACACAUGAUUGGCAGAGACGACAUGAACGAAGUAAGGAGCGCAGAGAAGAUGAGGGGUAUGUACGGCGUGAAAGAAGUCCCCACAGGGAAGAUGCAAAAGAUCACUCAGGAAAAAAUGGCUCGGGUAAUGGAAGAAAGAUGGAUGUCACGAUCCAAAGGAACACUAGAGAUGAGAGAGAACACAGUAGAAGACAUGAGAGUGAUGUUGGUCAUAGACAUAGGAGGGAUGAUAAGGAGUAUGAUAAGAACCAUGGGCAUGAUGCAGACCACAGGUACAAGCGGGAUGAGAGAAAUUAUGAAAAGAGGCUGGUGGAUGAUGUUGGUCAUAGAGACAGAAAAUAUGAAAAUGAGACUAAAAAGAAAAGUGGCAAUGAAGAUCUUCGAGGGAGUCGUAGGGAUAGGCAUGAUAUUGGAGAUGAUUAUUAUGGUCAUAAACGAAGGGGCGAAGAACGAUACUCUGAUAAGAGAAGUUCUCAAGGUGAUGAUGUUCGUGAUCGCGGUAGAAGGCAUUGAGUUCACAAAAUGAUUUUAUUCGUGCUUAGGUGUGUUUGGGUUAAGUAAGAUGCUAUACAUUAUUCAUCAAUUUUUGCUCCUUCGUUAUUCUAGUGUAAUUGUUGUUUCCUGCUAAAUUACUUCAGGAGUUGGAUGCUAAGGCACCCUUCCCAAUAUUACUUAAGCUUGGCACCGAGGGCAUGAUAGAGGAAAUUAGGCUUGCGCGUGGGGAGAUAAUGAUAGCAGCAUAAUUUGCUUUUAAGUAAACAUGUAAACCAGCUGUAUAUGUAUUUGCUUGGAAGCUAUGAUCCUCUAUUCGUUUCUUGCCAAUCUAUAUUCUCCACCAAACUAAUUUGAAAUGAAUGAAUGAUUUUUCUUAGCAGCUGCUGGUCAUGGCGGCUGUGCAUC